CGAACGAAGCCCCGCGGUGAACGCACGCCUCUUGCACUCCGCGCGCGACUACGAUCCGCGCGACACGCGACCUGCGACUGUGACACUCUUACGACGCGACAGUGGCCCAGGAACGGCUGACCGGGCAGUGCAAUUGUGGACAGUGCAGUGCAGUGUGCCGAUACGAAGAUCGCGGUGGUGGUGCGCGGCGGCAUGCGGCGAGCGCCCCAGCGAGCGCGCCGCUGGCGCCCCGCGCCUCGCUGACCCCAUGCGCCCGUGCGCCGCGCGGCACGCGCCGCUGCUGCUCGCCCUCGCCCUCGCCUGCUGCCUGCAAUGCGCGGCGGGGGCGGGCGUGUUCGAGCUGCAGAUCCUCGAAUUCUCCAAUUACCGGCUGCAGCUGGCAUCGGGUGUAUGCUGCGGCGGCGGUGGCGCUCCCGCACCUGCCCCGCUCGCCGCUCCACCCGGUGCAGGCACGGUGGCUGCUGGUGGCACAUGCGCACACCCGUGCCGCACGCGCUUUGCCCUCUGCCUCAAAGAGUACCAGUCUGCGGCCGCGCCCGGCGCCUGCUCGUUCGGCCGCGCGGCGUCGCCUGUACUGGGAACCGAUUCCUUCACGCUCGCCGAUCCACUCUACACCCUUUCGCUCCCGUUCUCAUUUCGAUGGACCCGUUCAUUCACACUCAUAUUACAAGCCUACGACGACUACAACUACACGGAUCCCGAAGAAACGGGCUUGAUCGAGGAGGCUUGGUGGUCGGGCAUCGUGGAGCCGGGCGCAGAGUGGCACGCGCUGCGGCACGCGGGCGCGGCGGCCGCCGUGGCGUACCGGGUCCGUGUCACGUGCCAGCCCAACUACUACAACACCACAUGCACUACGUUUUGUCGGCCUCGCGACGAUAAGUUCGGCCACUACUCGUGUUCCGCUACAGGAGACAAACGGUGUCUCCCAGGCUGGCAAGGCGACAACUGCGAGAAACCUGUGUGCAAAGAAGGUUGUCAUCCAACGCACGGCCGGUGCGAUAAACCUGGCGAAUGUCUUUGUCGUCCCGGCUGGCGAGGCGACCUCUGCUCCCAGUGCCAGCCGUACCCGGGCUGCAAGCACGGUUACUGCAACGGCUCAUCUUGGGACUGCACCUGUGAUACUAAUUGGGGAGGAAUUCUCUGCGACCAAGAUCUCAACUACUGUGGUACGCAUGAACCUUGCCAACACGGAGGUACUUGUGAAAAUACUGCACCAGACCAAUACUUGUGUACGUGUGCCGAGGGUUUUUCUGGCGUCGACUGCGAGCGUGUGGAUAAUCCGUGCGCUCCACAGCCUUGUGCACACGGCACAUGCUCCCUGGCAGCUGCACCCGCAGGAUUUGUGUGCUCCUGUGAGCGCGGGUGGACUGGAGCACGAUGCGAUGCUGACGUGGACGACUGUGCCAGCGCACCUUGUCGCAAUGGUGCCGUUUGUCGUGACAGACUUGACGCGUUUCUGUGCGAAUGCGCCCCCGGCUGGACUGGACCCACAUGUGUAGACGAUGUCGACGAAUGCGCUGAAAAUGGUGCUGCUGAAGGUGCUUUAGGCCCGUGUGUUAACGCAGCCUCAUGUAACAAUACAGCUGGAGGUUAUGCUUGCACUUGCUUAGCGGGCUGGACGGGGCGCGACUGCGAGCUCAAUGUCGACGACUGCACUGGACAGUGUCUGAACGGUGCUACAUGCAUCGACCUAGUGGACGACUUCCAUUGCGCAUGCGCGGCGGGAUACGCGGGACGCACCUGUGCUCGUGACGUGGACGACUGUGCUUCAAGGCCGUGUCGUAAUGGCGGCGAGUGCGUGGAUCUACUUGAUGCUUAUCGUUGUAUAUGCCCAGUCGGCUUCUCAGGCACCGAUUGUGAGGACGACCGGGACCAUUGCGCCGGUUCGCCUUGCGCUAACGGGGCGCCUUGCUACACGGCGCAGAGCGACUACUAUUGUCACUGCGCGCCCGGCUGGACCGGAAAGAAUUGCACGCAACGCGCAGCGCGAGAUCAAUUAGACGAUUGCUCUCCAAAUCCAUGCCACAACAACGGUAGCUGCGUCUCAAGCCCCACGGGGUUUACCUGCAUUUGCCUCGAGGGGUGGACUGGUGAAACUUGUACGAUGCGUGAGGAGCCACGAUGUGAGCUUCUUUGCAUAAAUGGUGGUACGUGUGUACGUGACCCUCUGCCCUCCAUUCCCGUGGUCACUCACUGUGCCUGUCCACCUGGCUGGGCUGGUACCAUAUGCGACCUACCCACUACACCACCGGUAGCUCCAGUUGCAUCCGUUCCUCCUCAAACUGCCGUCGUUCCGCUACCAGCCGGUUCUGGAAGUGUUCCGUGUACGUGUCUACAUGGAGGCUCCUGCGUAGCCGUGGGGGGCAACUCGAACACAUGGGCAUGUGUGUGUCGUGCGGGGUGGGGCGGUGCACGCUGUGAGCGGGCGGCGGACGGAUGCGCAUCGUCACCUUGCCGUAAUGGAGCGCGCUGCGUCGGCGGCUCGGGCUGGUGGGCUUGCGAAUGCGCACCAGGAUGGACGGGCUCCGACUGCACCACGUCGACAUGCGAUCCUCCUUGCCCAUCACCGGCGACUUGUACAGCUUCUGGCUCUCAGGCCAGAUGCAUUUGUCCACCUCCACCAGCACGUCUGGCGAGACGCUGUCUAGAACUAAUUGCCGGUCUCGGAGCAGAGAGUGGUGAAGCUAUCGAAGGCAGUGAGAAUGGUGGUGAAGGUAUCGCGGAGACAAGCGAGACCCCGGGCGCGUGCGGUUCCGACAAUGGCACGUGGUGGUGGGGCUGUAACGCGUGCCGUUGCGUAGCCGGUGCGCCGGCCUGCACGCGCUUGUGGUGCGGCCUGCCCGACUGCCUCGCGCCCGCCGCUCUUCCUUGCCGAACCGAUGAGGUAUGCGUUCCCGCUGCCCCGUCAUUGUGUCUGCGCGCUCCCUGCGCGCCGCUUGGUGAAUGCCGGCGCGUAUCAGGACGCAGAGUAGAGCCUCCUGCUCUUCCCGCACCGUCUACGUGCUGGCCGGGCGCUCGCACACAGCCGCCUCCCGGCUGUGCGCGAGCUGAGCUGCGGCUGGCAAGGGAGAGGCUCGCACGGGGGGCGCACGUGGAGCGCGCAUGCGCCGCGCUACGUCGUGCUCUGGCUGCUGCGCUGGCAGACCGCGCCCCGCCCGCUCCGCCGCUGACUCUGCUGUGUGAUCUCGCGCCAGAUGACGAUGCACUUGACCUAGCUCUGUGGGCUGGAGAAGAAGAAGACGCUGAGGGAAUCAGUGCUCUUGCUGCAGCAGUGCGUGCGCUCAGCGAACUUAUAGCACGUCGUCGACUCGCUCACCAUGCGUUGCUAGCUGCGGCACUGCGCUUGCGAGUCGAGCACGGGGCGCAGCCUACACCGCGCGCUGCCAUCGCAGAAGCUGCCGCUACUACGGGUGGGGCGGGUGGUGCGUUGCUUGCACUCGCCGCUGGUGCCACAUUUUUUUUACUAGGAGCAGGAGUGGGAGCUGUUUUAUUCAUAAGAAGACGACGCACUGCCGCCGCCGCUGCUGAGGAGCGCACGCGACGGCGCGACGAGGAGAAGUCCAACAAUUUGCAGAAUGAAGAGAAUCUUCGCCGUUAUGCAAAUCCACUGCGAGAAGAACGGCCGCCGCGGGAGGCCGACGAACUGCCACGGGCGCACUCGCUGUACAAAGCACAGAACGCGGACGCUCGCAACAACACGCCGCCCCGGGACAAGGAGCUGACGAAGCGCGCGCUGCCGCCGCCGGAGCCACCGCCUGCGCGCCACCCGCCGCCCGAGCGCCUCACGGUGCUCGUCUAGUGUGAUACUAGCCUUACGUAGGGACUAGCCUAGCGUAGCUUAGCCUAGAGUACCGAGCGACCGUCGCCGUCGGCCCGCCUCGCCGCCUUAUUUAUUGUAGUAUGAUCGUGUUUUGUAAAUAUGUAUUUUUGUAAAUAAUGUUAAAAAGAGUGAUUUAAUUGAGAGUAAAUAAAAAUUUUGUAUGUCUUAUUGAGAGAUUGAUCGAUACGAUUUUAUAUUUGUAAAGAAGGUUGUAAAAUUAAAAAUGAAAGAAGUCGUUGUAAUAAAACGCU